GUGAACGUUCCAAAGACUAGACGGACAUACUGCAAGAAGUGCGGUUGUUAUCAGGAAAAGAAGCAGAGUCUUGCUAAGAAGAGCAAGGAAAAUCCGAGACGGCAAGGUGCAAGGAGGUAUAAGAGGAAGCAGAAGGGGUGCCAUGGACAGACCAAGCCAAUCCUGAGGAGGAAGGCAAAGGUGACCAAGAAACUGGUGUUAAAGCUUGAAUGCACAAAAUGCAAACAGAUUGAGCUUAAGGUGUGCAGGCGUGCCAAGCAUGUGGAGUUUGGUGGAGAAAAGAAGGUGAAGGGAGAGGCAUUGGUUUAUUAA